CUGUACCGGGCGUCUGCUCUGUUCGAGACCAUCCGACACGAGGCGCAGCACAGCACCGACUACAAGCUGUCCCUGUUUGACCUGCAGACGUCGUCCUACCAGGCGCUCCAGAGGGUCCUCGUCAGCCUCGGGCACCACGACGAGGCGCUGGCGGUGGCGGAGCGCGGACGGACGCGGGCCUUCGCCGACCUGCUGGUGGAGCGUCAGACGGGCCAGCAGGACUCGGACCCGUACGCCCCCGUGACGGUGGAGCACAUCCUGGACACGGUCACCAGCCACCGCGCCCUGGUGCUCUACUUCUCCAUGGCCGCCGGGUACCUGUACAGCUGGCUGCUCGCCCCCGGGGCUGGUAUCCUGAAGUUCCACGAGGUGUACCUGGGGGAGGGCGUGUCCGAGGGCGGGCCAGACUUCCAGGAUGGGGGCGGCGGGGGUGUGGUCAGCGGCUCGUCGCUGGAGCAGCACAUCGCCAGCGCUCGGGAGGCUCUGGGAGUGGAGUCCUACUACAGCCGAGGGGGCUCCAGCAGCGAGACGGAGAGCGAGGCCGGGGACCUGUUGGACCAACAGUUUGAGGAGCUCAACAACAAGCUCAACUCAGUCACCGACCCCACCGGCUUCCUGCGCAUGGUGUCCAGGAACAACCUGUUCAACAGGAGUUGCCAGAGCAUGACCAGCCUGUUCAGUAACACCAUGUCUCCAGCUAAAGAGGGUUCCCUGCCCCGGCGUUCCAGCGGCCUGGGCAAGCCUCCCCUCAGAGCCCUCUACGACCUGCUCAUCGCUCCCAUGGAGGGGGGCCUGAUGCACUCCAGUGGGCCGGUGGGCAGACACAGGCAGCUGGUUCUGGUCCUGGAAGGAGAGCUGUACCUCAUCCCCUUUGCUCUGCUGAAGGGCAGCUCGUCUAACGAGUAUCUGUACGAGCGCUUCAGCCUCAUAGCUGUGCCCUCCAUCCACGGCCUCGGAGCCAACGCCAAGACGCACCCACGCCGCGCCGGCCCCGUCUCCUGCGGCGGCGUCUCCAUGGCAGCGGUGGUGGGCAACCCCCGGCUGCCGUCGUCGGUGAUGGACCGCUGGCUGUGGGGCCCCAUGCCCUCAGCCGAGGAGGAGGCCCUGAUGGUGGCAGAGCUGCUGGGGUGCCAGCCCCUGGCCGGCCCAGCCGCCACCAAGGAGAGGGUGAUGAGCUCCCUGACCCAGGCCGAGUGCGCCCACUUUGCCACUCACAUCUCCUGGAAGCUGGCUUCCCUUGUGCUGACGCCCAACCCAGAGGGAGGGCCGGGCGGGUCAGCGGGGGCCGGAGUGGGCGCGGCGGGCCGUGGGGUGGGGGCCGGGCGGGGGGGGAGCGGGGGGAGGGGCAGGAAGGGCUCUCUGGGGAGCAGUUACACCAUCCCGGAGGGCCUGCACCUGCAGGACGACGGCAGCGACGUGGAGAGCAUCUGUGACAGCCCUCCCCUGCAGGAGUUCCUGCUCAGCGCUGCCGACAUCCUGGACCUGCGCCUGCCCGUCAAACUGGUGGUGCUGGGGUCCUACCAGGAGUCCAGCAGCAAGGUGACGGCAGACGGCGUGGUGGGGCUGACCCGGGCCUUCCUGGCAGCGGGGGCCCAGUGCGUCCUGGUGUCCCUGUGGCCCGUGCCCGUGGCUGCCUCCAAGGUGUUCGUCCACGCCUUCUACACUGCCCUGCUCAACGGCACCAAGGCUAGCGCCGCGCUGGCCGACGCCAUGAAGACGGUCCAGAGCAGCAAGCAGUUCUCGCACCCCUCCAACUGGGCAGGGUACAUGCUGAUUGGUAACGACGUGAAGCUGAACAGUCCCUCGUCUCUGAUUGGUCAAGCCCUGGCGGAGAUCCUCCAGUAUCCAGACAGAGCAAGAGAUGCUCUCCGUGUCUUGCUGCAUCUGGUGGAGAAGUCCCUCCAGAGGAUCCAGAACGGCCAGCGUAACUCCAUGUACACGUCCCAGCAGAGCGUGGAAAACAAGGUGGGCGGAGUCCCAGGCUGGCAGGCCCUGCUGACCGCUGUGGGCUUCAGGCUGGACUCUGCAGGCCCCGGCAUCCCUGCAGCCGUGUUCUUCCCCACGGCAGACCCAGGAGACAGGCUGCAGCACUGCAGCACCACCCUGCAGUCUCUGCUGGGUCUGCCCCCCCCAGCGCUCCAGGCUCUGUGUAAACUCAUCACUGCUUCCGAGGCCGGGGAGCAACUCAUUAACAGGCUCCACCAGGUGCUGGUUCAGCUCCAGACUGGGGAGAAGGAGCAGGACUUCUCCCUGCUGCCCAUCCAGGUGUCCAUCAGUGUGCAGCUGUGGCGGCUCCCAGGCUGCCACGAGUUCCUGGCUGCUCUCGGGUUCGACCUGUGUGAGGUGGGUCAGGAGGAGGUGGCCCUGAAGACAGGCAAGCAAGCCAACCGUCGAACCAUGCACUUUGCCCUUCAGUCCUUGCUGGCACUCUUUGACUCCACAGAGUUACCCAAGCGUCUCAGCCUGGAUAGUUCUUCCUCCUUGGAGUCCCUGGCCUCCGCCCAGUCUGUCUCCAACCCCCUGCCCAUGGGCUACCCCAGUCUGCCCUUCUCUCCUCCCUGCCUGGACAACCUGGCUUCGGACGCCAUCUCCGUCUACAGCCUGAGCUCCGUGGCCUCCACCAUGAGCUUUGCGUCCCGGUCCGAUUGCGACUUCCUGGGCCACAGACCCCGGGGCGGCGCCUCCGCCCACUACUCCGUCCACAAGCACCCCCACGUGUCCCGCAGCCGCUCCUCGCCCAACGGGGCGGCGGGGGCGGCGGCCGGAGGCGGCGGGGGAGGAGGCGGGGGAGGGAGGGGGGAGGAGGAGGAGUACCAGGGCUUCUCCAUCAUCAGCAGCGAGCCGCUGGGGAGCCACUGCGACUCCCUGCCGCUGCCGCCGGGCCACGGGCAGCGGCACCUCCGCGGGGGGCGGGGGGUCGGCGGGGGGACCUGCUCGGCCGCCGGCCGGUGCUACGCCGUGUCGGUGUCGUCGCGGGGCAGCGUCAGCACCCCCACCUCUCCCGUCAAGAGCAGCCUGGUGCCCAGUGCCAACUCCCCCUUCCAGAAGGUGGGCAAGGUGAGUAGCUCCGACACCGGCGAGUCCGACCAGUCCAGCACUGAGACCGACAGCACCGUCAAGUCCCAGGAAGAGAAGACCACGGUUCCCCUGGACCCCCAGGAGCUGGCCCAGAAGAUCCUGGAGGAGACCCAGAGCCACCUGAGGGCAGUGGGCAGUCUCCAGAGGGCCGGGGCUGGGGCCGAGGGCGCGGCCGCGGGGUCCCCCUCCGGGAGGAGUACCGCCUUCCGCUCCUCGGAGACCAGCGCUUUCAGCCGGCCAGGCAGCAGCGCCAGUGGCCGUGCCCAGUCCUCCCCCCGCCCUAAGCCCCCCUCCCGCUCCUCCUCCCUGCAGAAGAUCAGCUCAGGCUACAACAGCCCGGCUGUCUCCGAGUCUUCCCAGAGGGAGGGGAGCCACCCGUCUCCCACCCUGGACAGCCACGCCCAGUUCAAGCUGAAGUACCCCAGUUCCCCGUACAGCGGCCACAUCUCCCGCUCACCCAGCAACGUGUCCCCCAGCUCUGGGCACCAGUCCCCGGGGGGCAGUGCCCCGUCCCCGGCCCUCUCUUACUCGUCCACCGGCUCUGCCUGCUCCAGCUCUGCCGACACGCCUGACCUGGACCGCCUGAGGAGGGGCAUGAUCGACGAGAAAGUCCAGGCCAUCCACAACCUGAAGACCUUCUGGGCCAACGCGGCCGGGGGGCACCAGCCUCCUCACCUGGGGCCGGUGAGGGCCGUGAGGGGUCCUCACGCGGGGGUCUCCUCCAAGAGGGACGUGCUGAGCCUGCUCAACCUGUCCCCUCGACACUGUUCCCCCGCCGACGCUCAAGACAGCCUGGAGCUGAGAGAGAUGGGGCUGCCUGGAGGGAAGAGCUCCUCCAAUGGGCACCACUGCUCCAACCCCAGGAAGGUGGCCUCCUCGCCCCCCAUCUCCACUAGCAGCACCCCCGGUGCACGCUCCAUCAGACUCCCUGCUGGUAACGGAUACAAGUUCCUGUCCCCUGGCAGGUUCUUCCCUUCGUCGAAAUGCUGAGACACUUUAAGACGGUCCACUAUACUUUUACCUACCACUUGUUAUCCUGUUUAUUGGGGGAGUGGGGCACUUUUGGAGGGUCACUAUUGGCCCACCCGACUUGAUUGACAAUGAAAAGGGUUGGAAAAGCCAAUGGCGGUGAUCCAUGGGAGGAUGAUGAAUGCAUAGAACGUGUUGUUGUCGUUGUACCCAUAACACUGUAAAUGGCAAUGAGAAAGACUCUAAGACCUGAUACUGUGUUUGUGUGUAUGUUUGUGUCAGGUAGAUGUAAAUGCCAAAUGGGUAUUUCCUCCAAAAUAUUUGCUAUUUGUGCGUGGGCCUAGAUGCAACAGCUCGAACUUGUGUCCUUCAUUCUACUUUUGUUUUCAAUCUAAAUAUAAUUGUUAUUAUUAUUAUUGUUUGUUAUUGUUAUUAUUAUUAUUCAUGUUUAAUUAUUAUUAUUAUUAUUAUUGUUUUGUAAAUUAAAUCCAGUGUUUCACAAUCAGUAUUAAGCGUUUUUAUAUUAAUAAAAAAAUGAACAAACAUGUACCAUGUCAAGAUGGAAAGAGUGAAAAAAAAAGAUUUAAUAUUUUUUAUUGAAAUCACAAGGGGCAUUUUGCCUGAUUUCUAUGUGAAUUGAGUGUCAGCUCCCAAGCAUGGAUUUUCUUGCUAUUCAAUGUUAAGUACCAUGUAUGACUUUUUAGCUCAUGAUUUUUGACAAUUAAACAUGAAAUUUCAUGACAACCAUUCUCUUAUCAUUUAUCAGUAAAACUGUUUCAAUAAAAAAAAACAUGUUUGCUUUUCUGUUUGAUUA